AUGGCCACGAGCCAACGCAUACCAGCGGAGUUCAGCUUGCUUCGCUACAGCACCGGCGACGCACUCCACUUUGUCUUUGAGAAUGGUGUCUGCCGUAGAGGGAACGAGGAGGGUGCGUCUCUGCUACCGGGACUUUCAAAGGUUGUGGAACUGCAGGAAAAGCAGGCCGUCCGCGACAAGGUGCACACAUGUGGCAUCACCGACGACCCUCUCAAUCUCGAGAAUCUCACGCGUAUCGGCACGCAUGAAGAGUGGUGUGCGCACUCCCAGACUGCGUGCGCGCUGGCCAAGAACGCAGUGGCGCAAUGCUUGCAGCGCCGCUCGGAGGUGCGGGUGCGCCGCUAUGGCGAGGCGGUGAUGCGACUCUCUGAGGCCUCCCCCACGCUGCGGGACAGGGAAGAACAGGCCCCCGCGACUGCUGCAGACAUUCCGUAUGUGACCACAGCCCUUUCCACCCCGUCCUGCGCGUCGUCGGCGCAGGACCACACCCAAUUGUCAGUCAAGGCGGACAAGUUAGCAGAGGCGGAGGCGAGCCUCACUACAGAUGACGAGACGAGCGACGUAGCGGAGGAGGAAGAAGAGGAAGAGGAGCUCGAGACGUACCUUCUUCAGCAUCCCGCCUUCGGUGCCGACAUGGCUGCAGCGUGGCUGCGGCGCCGCUACCUGCGCUGCUGCAACGUCAUUAACGUCCGACCCAGCGCCGCUGUUCGCCACCGAUUCUCGCGAGGCGUGCAAGCUACCCUGAGCAGCACCCUCGGCUCCUUCGCGGCGCAAAAGCCGGUGUCUCCGCUGUCGCCCAUUGCUGACACACCCACGUCGUUUCUCUGCAGCCCAGGCGGGCGCACCUGGAUGUCCUUUCCAGGGACGAUGGUGCUUCUGCGCGAACUGCGCACCGUUCCGUUUGAGGUGAACGCAGACUUCAGUGGAUGUGCGGAGAUUGGGCAUCAGCAGCGCCAUUUCAUCGCGCUGCUUGGCGUUCUUGAGGGAUGCCGGAACACCGUUGUCUCACUCAACUUGGCCAAAACCUGCCUCAACGAUGACGAGGUUCGGGUGCUGUGUCUUUUCUGCCGCGCCUACCUGCGCCGACUGCAGGUGCUGGACUUGAGUGGCAACAAAACCGUCACGGACAAGGUGGCUGUGUGGAUCAAGCAACUGGCAGCCUCAUCGCCGCUGCUGUUCCGCCUGGCUGUGCGGGGGACCUCGCUGAGCCGCUCCACUAUGCGAUCGGUGGCGGGCAUUUUAUGCCGCAAGGCACUGUGA